CACUGCCGGGAGCUGCAGGCUCCUCUAUGGUCACAAAGUCGCAAGGUUUCCUGGGCCAAGAGACAACCCGAGGCGGCUUCCAGACACCAUGAAUUCACUGACGCCGGUUCCUACAAGUCAGGCCUGAGACCUUGCCCCUGGGACCAGCCACCAGCCCCCUCGGGAUCUUUGUCUUCAGACUGCCGAGCCAUCUCACAUCUGGACCACAGCCGGGCAGGGUGACAGUGCUGCCAACCAAGGCCUGAAAGAUGGCGUCUGGACAAGGACCAGGUCCUCCUAGGCAGGACUGUGAUGACUCCCCCUCCCCUUCUGCUCUGACCCCAGAACAGCAGGUGGCCCAGGACACAGAGGAGGUCUUUCGAAGCUAUGUUUUCCAUCUCCACCAUCAGGAACAAGAGACCCAGGGGGCGGCUGCCCCUGCCAACCCCGAGAUGGACAAUUUGCUCCUAGAACCCAACAGCAUCUUGGGUCAGGUGGGCCGGCAGCUUGCUAUCAUUGGAGAUGACAUUAACCGGAGAUACGACACAGAGUUCCAGAAUUUACUGGAGCAGCUGCAGCCCACAGCUGGGAAUGCCUACGAACUCUUCACCAAGAUUGCCUCCAGCCUAUUUAAGAGCGGCAUCAGCUGGGGCCGUGUGGUGGCUCUCCUGGGCUUCGGCUACCGCCUGGCCCUGUAUGUCUACCAACGUGGUUUGACCGGCUUCCUGGGCCAGGUGACCUGCUUUUUGGCGGAUAUCAUACUGCACCAUUGCAUCGCCAGGUGGAUUGCGCAGAGAGGCGGCUGGGUGGCGGCCCUGAAUCUGCGCAGAGACCCAAUCCUGAUUGUGAUGACAAUUCUUGGUGUGGUUCUGUUGGGCCAGUACGUGGUACACAGAUUCUUCAGAUCUUGACUCCCGGGGAGCCCUCUGGGGCCCCAGCCUAAGCCUCCCCCUCCUCCCUCCCCUGCAACAAUCCUCUCCUUCCUCCAGUUCAGCAAACAGGCACCCCUGCUCUGAGGAACCACUGCCCAGGGGUCAUCAAGGGGGCACGGAUACCCCAACAUCGCAUGGUGCUACUGGGCCCUGUCCUGUCUGAGCGGGGCUGACUGAUGCCUUGGAGGGACAAGAGGCUGGGUACUACUUCCCAGGAAGUUGUUUUUUGUUUGUUUGUUUUUUUAACGGUUUUUGCUUUUUAUACAACCCUUUGAUGCAGCCGCCACCCCCCUUUUCUUCCAUGGUGCCCAAAGUCAAAACAUUGGGGACCUGGGGACUAGUGGUUCUAACCUGUGUUCCCAGACCUCCUGCUACUUCGGAAGGUCAGAACUGGAGAGGAACUUGAGCGCAAGGCCUGGCCCUCCCACACUGGCUCCCAGGAACAGGGCUGGCUGUAGGGCUGCAUGACCUACUCAGUCACCCCCCCCAUUCAUUAUUCCCCCAGUUCCAUCCCCUACUCCCCUCUCCCCCUCCCAUCCCCCACCCCAUGCCAUUUUGCCUUUGUGGCUGGACUCUCAGGGAUACUGUGCCCAGAGUGAGGGUGGAGAUGAGAGUUCAGACCACAGCUGUCUGAAUGUGUUCAUCAAGGCCCUCCAAACCUGUGUCCUUCCCUGGUACCCUCCCAGUUUUCACCCACCCCCUGACCCAAGGACCACUGCUCCCAACCUAGUGGGUAGGGGAGACCCUCACCUUCUCCCUGGAGCCCUCAGGUGAGCCUGCUUUCCGGAGACCUUGACUGUCUGCAGAGCCUCGAACUCAGUCAUGACAGGGGAAGGGAUGUCCACGCUAAAGAACUACACCAGCAGGGGCAAUCGUGGAUCUGGGUGCAGUGUGACCCCCUGGGACCUGUGAAUACUUGAACCACACCAUCACCCAUGCUCCUCCUCGUCUGCCUAGACCUUCCUUGGGUGGGGUGGGAGGGGUCUUCUCUAUCUUGCACAUCGUAGGGGUAAGGAGAGAGAAAUUCUCAAUUAAGCCAAAUGCAGGGGGGGGAGGCAGACGGGUCCCCCACCUCACCCCCUGACUGUGUCUGGAAAUAAACUGUGCAAUCCCCCCACA